CACUCACUGCAGUGAGUACUGAGUUAUAUUUUUUAUUGAUAGGCUGUUCAAGGUCUUCAAUAGCCGCAUAUAAAGUAUGAUAUACUGCCGAUUGCGUUCAAAUAAGGUGUAUGAAUGUGAUGCGUUUGUAACCACAUCGCCUCGCAUUAACUGCGACCAGAGCGAACUAACUGGAUACUGAGAUGUGCACCAACAGAAAUGGAAUGACUAAUGAGCCUGUGCUGAAUAAGGGACGAAGUUAGAUUGCAUAUAAUUGUGCCAAAUGAAAAGAGUAGACAUACAAUUGGUAUGGAAACAUUAAUCCUCCAACUCAUUGAUAUAGUUAAAAGGAUCUAAUUGAAUAAAGUUACAGAUUUCUUCGUUUCUUUCAUUAGCAGUACAUCUUUACUAAAUGCAUGUCAAUCUAAAUGACAAUUUUCGUGAGUUACGUUGAUCGUUGAAUUAUAUAGGAAUGAUUGUAGGUCUAAUGUUGCCUCUGAUUAGCACUGCUUAUACCUGUUGAUAAGUCAUUUGAUUGACUUCCAUUUUGUAUUCAGUUGUCACGGUUUUUAGUGUUAAGACUAAGGCUGUCAAUUGAAAUUGUACUUGAUUUUUUUCGUUAUAGCUAUGUUUUACAGAAGUAUCCCAUGUUUUACUGUGAUUGUACAGAAGUUUUUAUCCAUAUCAUCCAUAUCUUCUCGAUCAACCAUGAAUGACGUCACGUCGCUUCUGACUGUUUUACGAAAUGCGUACUUGGCGGGAGUUGCGUCGGUGUUGCCUGAAGCAUUGGUUCCAAAACUUGUCAAGAGACUUGGCAAUAAUUUAAAGGUUGGCCAAACAGUGCACCCAUUAAACAGCAACUGCUAUAUCAUUGGUUUUGGAAAAGCUGUUAUCAACAUGGUAAAACCCGUUGAAGAUAUUCUACGCAACGCUGACGGUUCAUCUCAUUUGUUGGAUGGAGUUAUCAGUGUUCCUUAUGGCAUACAAAAUACAAUCAAAGACUGUAACCUACUCCCCGACAAAUCUUCAAAAGUACGUGUUUAUGAAGGUGCCAAGAAUAAUAUGCCUGAUGAACAUGCCCUAACAGCCACUCGAGAAAUAAUUACUCUUGUGGAAGCCUUGAAAAGCAGUGAUCUCAUAAUUGCACUUAUUUCCGGAGGAGGUUCUGCUCUGCUAACCUUGCCUAAACCUCCCGUUACAUUAGAAGAGAAACAAAAUAUUAUUCAAACAUUAAACCGCGCUGGAGCAGAUAUCACAGAAUUGAACACUGUUCGUAAAUUGCUCUCUGAGGUCAAAGGUGGAAAUUUAGCACUCAAAACCAGAGCUCGAAUAAUUACAUUGAUCCUGUCUGAUGUCAUCAAUAGCCCUUUGGGCAUCAUUGCAAGUGGCCCUACUGUACCGAACGAAGAUACUAGGGAAGACUUAACAAAAAUUUUCAGCAAGUAUGAUAUUCAAAUGCCGCCAUCAGUCAUGCAAGCCCUUAGUGACUAUAAACCUUCGUGUACGGAUGAUUUCGGUCAUGUUUCUAAUUUCCUAAUGGGUGACAAUAACGUUGCUUUGGACGCUGCUCGGAAGAGUAUUCAAACGUCUUUGGGUGAAGAAUGUUGCACGGUGGUAGUUUCUUCCUCCUUGCGAGGUGAGGCUUCUUCCGUAGCUGAGACCAUGGCAAUGCUUUGCCACCUUAUCCUUAAGGGAUACGACAAGUGCGCACGGGAAAACUUAAUUUCAACUCCUGAGUUUGACGAGGAAAAAAUGUCGGUGGAAAAGCGCUUUGACUUCCAGGGCAUUUCCUUUGCGCAACUAAUAAGUUCUCUAUUCGUGAGUGACGCUGACCAAUUAAUUUCCGACAUUGGCAGCAGCAUUGUUGCUAGGAAACCUUGCUGCUUGCUUUUCGGAGGAGAAACAACUGUGAGAGUCGUGGGCACUGGGAUCGGCGGACGCAACCAAGAAAUGGUGCUCGCAAUGAUGAUUCAUCUACAUAAAGUGCUGCACGAUGAACAACUAUCAGGCCAUGUGGCAUUUGUGUCAGCUGGCACAGAUGGCAUCGAUGGCCCAACAGAUGCGGCAGGCGCGGGUACCUACUGGACUCCACAGGAAUGCUCAUACCGAGAAAGCCUCGCAGCCGGACUAAACCCUGAAGCCUUCUUGAGCAACAACGACUCGCACAACUUCUUCUGUCGUCUGGGGGGCGGUAAAUACCUCAUCCAGCCUGGCCACACGUCCACCAACGUCAUGGACCUGCAGCUCCUAUACAUAGCGCCCCCGCCCCAGUAG